AUUUGAGUGAAACCCCUGUGAGGUAACAGUUUUUUAAAAAAUGGCCGAGAAGCAUCAGGCAGUUGUGCAGACGGCCUGCCGCGGGUCCCGGCGCUGGGAGUUGGGAAGCUGCGCGUGGGCUGCGCUGGGGGGCUUGGCGCGGGGGCUUCCUGGAGUCCUCUGUCUUGCGAGAGGCUGACGUUAGAAUUGAGUUUCCUUUUGCCAAGCUCGGAAUGGCGAUCGUGAAGCGUGGAGAUCCGGGAGAAACCACCGCGGAAUUAGCAUCCUCCUAGAGAAGCUCGGGAAUAGAAGAGUGAUAUUCCACCCAGAAUGGAAGUGUGUCCGUAUUGUAAAAGGCCAUUUAAGCGAUUAAAAUCCCACUUGCCACACUGUAAGAUGAUAGGAUCACCUGUACCUGCUGAUCAGAAAGUUUGUCAGUCUACACCAGCUACACUCCCACGUGCUAAAAAAGCGAAAGGGGCAACCAAAGAAGCUAAAGAGAGGGCAUUAGGGACAGAGAGUGAGAGAAGAAAUCCUAAGUUGAAAAAGGACGCACCAGAACGGACAGUUAAGUCCUUUCCACUACUAGCUAUUGGUUUGCAAACAGCCAGUAAUGCAAAGACAGACAAAGACAUCAAGAAUCAAAGUCAGCUUUCCCUCAAAAUGUUAGAAAAUACUGAACCAAAAAUUACUUUCGAGGGAGAAACUAAGGCUCAGUUUUUUGCAUCAGAAAACACCACUCCUGAGAAAGAACUUGAGAAAGAUUUGCCUAAAUCAGGGAAAAGUAGAAGUACUCCUUCAGAAACUGAAGCAUCUUUACCUCAAGGCCCACUGUUCCCUUCUUCAGCAAAUCAAGGUAGAAAAUACUCUUCACCCUUACGUAAUGACAUACAGACCACUUCUGCUAAUUUAAGAUUGGACAGAAUUGAUCCCCCAAGACAGAAGCUUCUAGCAAAAUUACUAGAUAUGCCUUCUGAUGAUUAUCAUAAUUCUCCCAUGAAUCUCAAGUAUGGGGUUAAAAGAGUAAGAACAUCGUUGUCAAGCAAUGAGAGAGAUUCCAAGGCCAGGGGUCACUUCGCAGACGUCUCUAGUAAUGUUAGAGACUCUGAGUCUCAGGAAAAGAACCCAGAAUCGCAGGUUUUACGUUUUAAAGUUAGCCCAUUAGGUAAAAUUCAAGUCAGGGAGAAUGAGGAAAGAGGACUUAAGCUCGAAGUAGAAGCAUGUGGGAACAAAGGAAAUGCAGAAAAAAGUGUAUCUGUGACAGAAAUGACUUCCGUGAGCGAUGACUCUAAGACGGACUUCAGUACUGAUGAUUCAGCCACAGAGAAGAAAUCUCAAGGUGAAGAUUCCAAUUUAAAUUUAUUCAUGCCAAGGGAGACAGCUUGCAAUGACUUACUUUCUGUAUCACAGUCAUGUAAUCAAAGUCUUACCUCUCUGGCUCUAAAGUUUCUUCAAGAAGAGAAAGCAGAAGCCUGUCAUCAUAAUCGAGUCCCUGAUGUGAAGGCAUUGAUGGAGAGUGGGGACCAGCCUCUGCAGCCCGAACCUGGCCGUCGCCCCCAAGCCUUACACCCCGGUUGCCAGCAGUCUUUACAUUCAACCCAGCAUCACGCUUCUAAAAGCCCCUUCACCAGUCAGAUCACGGUCGUCGCUGACAGGAAGAGUCUUCCUAGCUCCCUGGGGCUGGAGUGGUUUCCAGAGCUCUAUCCUGGUUAUCUUGGCCUAGGGGUGUUCCCGGGGCAGCCUCGGUAUUGGAAUGCAAUGGCCCAGAAGCCCCAGCUCCUCAGUCCCCAGGGGGAAAGACUCUCACAAGUUCCUUUGUUGGAAAGAAGUUCGACGGCUGUAAGGAGUUUGGAACCCCCGACCCGGAUUACAACCUCCAACUUCUCUCUAAUGAGGCUUUUGGGAGCUGUACAGAAAGGCUGGAUCAGGUGCAGCGCCACCGUGAAGAGUGGAGUUGGCGGCAUCACGAUGCUCUUCACAGGCUGCUUCGUCCUUUGUUGUAGCUGGAGUUUCAGGCAUCUGAAGCUGCAGCGCUGGCGUAAGUAACGUUGGCCUGGACACCACUCACGAAAGCUUUGGAACUCCAAGGAGAGUACGGUGGAGACAACUGCAGCCCACAUUUAACCAUUUAAAUUGUCUUGGGGGCAGGGAGAGGGAGGGAAAAGAAUAAAAUUACUGGAAUCUAAAACAAUUAUCUAGGAAGUAAAUUGUUUUAACGUAGACAGAUCUGGUUCUUCUGGAUGUUUCUUUGGCUUGUUCUCAAAAGUGACUGAAGGUUACUGAAAAAACUUCGGUUUGUUUAGUCAGAAAGGCUGAUGUUACUCAAGGAGACAUGAAGAUGACAACAUUUAUCGUUAAAAUUUUUAAAUAACUGUCUCCUAAUUCUCAGUAAAAACUAAUGUCUCAAUUUAAAAUUUUUCUCCCUAAAAUUGUUCUUAAACCUUGGCAUUUUACUGGUCAUCUAUGCUAGACCCUGGGCUCCAUGUACUGGUAUAGAAUAGUAUUUGAAUUGGCAGAAAGUCCGCAUACAGCAGGCCCUUCCCCUUGGGAAUGGUCGGGCUCUUUUGGGUCCUUGACCCCCCACCGAUGUCAUCUUUCGCAGUUCCCCGGUCCUCGAGCAGGGCCCAGCAGACUCCGAAGGCCCGCAGGCCCAAUCCAGCCACUGCCUGUUUUCCUCCAUAAAGUCUUACUGUGUUCCAGUAAAGUCCAGUUUAUUUGGUUCGGUGUCGUCUGUGGCUGCUUUCACACGACAGUGGCAGGUUUGAGUGGCUGCCACAGAAACCAUAUGGCCUGCAAAGCUGAAAAUACUGUCUGGCCCUGUACAGAAAAAGUGUGCCACCUCCUGCCCUAGAGGAAUAUGGCAGCUCACGUUCUCCAUGUGUUGGAGCAAUGAACAAGAUGGGAUCGCUGCUUUAAGAUAUUUUUGGGCUAGGAAACGCAUUUAAGUAGGUGAAGACUUUCUCAGUGCCCUGGUGUUGCCCCUGAAGCACCCAUAACACGUAAGUGCAGCGGUAGCACCAGGGGCAGCUUGUAGCCCCCUCCAAGAUUUUCAUCAUUACCAUUUUUAUCAGUACUGUAAACAAACUAGUGUCACUUAUCAAAUCAGAAUAAGACGAUGAAGUUGUUUAAUUAUAUCAAAAUAAGUAUUUUAUAUCUCUGAAAAUAAGUUCCCUAAUGAGAAGAAUGAACAGUGUAGUGAUCCGUCAGUUCUAAAGGGAUAUGAGCUUCAUAUUGCCAAGUUUAAGACAAAGGCGGAAUCCUACGUUGAUCAGAGAGGAUUUUUAGGUUGACAUUGGUCAGUACCAAGAAUUCUGACUCACAUGUAGUAGGAAAGAGCAAAAAGAGUCUUAACUGAUUUCUUUGAGUUAGAUACUGAGCAUCAAUUCUUCGAUAAAAUGAUGUAGGUGACUUUCAAGAAGCCAUCAGAAGUCUCUGCAGAUGCUGGAGUUAUUUGGUAAUGUCCACAAAGCAACUGAGGGACAGGGUUCCCUGGCUGCUCCUUGCUGCCUUCUGGGGUGACAAAAUACUCGGAGACCUUUGCUCAAGUCCUUACAGAUAUCUUUAUAAUGUCCAAAGGUAAGUUAUAACUAAUUGAUUCUUUUCCUAGAUUCAGAUAGAAACAAACUCAGCAUGACCGAGGAAUGUACCUCAUAGUUCCAGUUUGCAAGAUUGAUUGUCAGCUUGCCUUGUGAGGAUAUGCUUAUUGUUCGUAUAUGCCAGUACUACGGAUAAGUUCAUUUGCACAGCUAGCCCCAGUUGUGUAUAUGGUCUAGCAGAUUGGAGACUUCAUCCAGAAACACUGGAGAUUCUUCUCAAAACUGGAACCGUAGAGAGGUGAGACUGCUGUAUCUGCCGAAGCCCGUGGGCUUCAGAUGGCAGGAGGAGCUGCUCUUGUCUUCACAAAGCCGAGUGCAAAAGAAGUCAAGAAUGCCCUUAACGUGAUUGGCGCACUUUAAGCAGCCGCCUCCGUCUCUGCGUCCCCGUGGCAUUGGCAGGAGCUUUCCUAGGUGAGCAGCAGUGCUUAGAUUUUGCUUCCAGGGCAGCACCGUGAAUUCCUCAUCAAGUCUUCCGGCAAGGUGCCUAGAAAUUCAGCCUGAGAAUCCGUAUAGGCAGUCCACAUCCACCUCCCCAUCCGUCCUCCAGAGGAGUUCCGGCCAUACCCAGGCGCCGCCGUCCUUGAGAAGACUCCGUGGGGUUCUGGUACUGAAGGUUGGAGACGUUCGCAGGCAGGCCUGGACGCCCUGGCUGUAACUCCCGUGGUCUGUAGGGUGGACUAGCCCUGGUGCCACCUACCUGAGUAAUAUCUGAAAUACUUAGUUUACUGGGGAAAGUACAUUUUUUCUCAUACACAUUAAAAUAUCUAGCUAUUAAAAAUAAAAUGAUUUCGUUGUAUUAUCAAUGGGCUGUUUUACACUUGGGAAACCCUAUCUCCUGCCACUGUUCUUAUCAGUCCUGUUUUUGUGAUUUACAGUUGAUCCUAAUUCCUCUCAAUACCUGCCCCUCCAUGUUCCUUCUCCGUAUUACUACCACCACUCGCAAUAACCAAGAUAUUUUUUGAAAAUAAAAAAGGUGCCUCUGUUCUGGU